CCUGCGCGCGACAGUGCCGGGUUUGGGUUUCAGCUGUUGCAUCUACGUUUUGGGGGAGACGGUGGCCGUGCCCCCCGCUUUCCUGGAAUCUCAUCGGGUUCUCGGGGGCCGGAGGACCUAUCCAAGCCUGUGAUGGCGGCGGGUUGCGCGGUAGUCGUGGUGAAGGCGGAAGCGGAGGUGGAGGAAGAAGAGGAGGAGGACCCCGAGGACUGGCGGGACCCUGAAACCUCCCGGAGACGCUUCCGGCGGCUGCGCUACGGGGACGUGUCCGGCCCGGAGGAGGCGCUGAGCCGCCUGCGGGAGCUGUGCCGCCGCUGGCUGCGGCCCGAGCGGCGCUCCAAGGAGCAGAUUCUGGAGCUGCUGGUCCUCGAGCAGUUCCUCAGCAUCCUCCCGCGCAGGCUGCGGGACACCGUGCGCCACCGGCGCCCCGAGAGCGGGGAGGAGGCAGCGGCCUGGGCGCGAGCCCUGCACCCUCCCCAGCGACAGGUCCGGUCCUCCCAGCAGGACACGCCAACUUUCAAGGCUGAGGCCAGAUCUCCGACCCGGGGAGAGUGGGAGCAGCUGGCCGUGGCCCGGAACAGCUUGUGCAGAGAGAGCUUGGAGGAUGGUGGGAGCACGGCCGGGCUGGGCCUGGAUACCCGUGCUGCCUGGAACCUGGACCUGAUUCCAAAGCGGGAGGAUGAAUGGGAGGAGGAGGCCAAGCCUGCACAGGCCUGGCUACAAGGCUCGCCCUGGGACACGAUCCCCAGCCAGGAAAAGAAGCCGCCAAAAGAUGCUGUCCUGCCACCACCACAGCCCCAGGUUUCUCCAGGAGAGGCAGGAUGUAGGGCUACCUCUCAGGUCCCCUGUAUGGCCAAGGAGGAAGAGCUUUGGAGAAGUGGAGAGCCAGGGCUGAUGGCAAACUCGCAGGCCCCCUGCAGGGCCAAGGAGGAAGAGCUUUGGAGAAGUAACGAUUUUAGGGAGGUUGCCACCACCCCUGCCCUUGCUCAGCACAGGGGGACAGUAGAGCCUGUUGAUGACUUUAGGGACGUUGCCAUCAUCUCAGUCCUAGCUAAGCACAGAGAGACAGGAAGACAGGAUGGCUUUGGGAAGGUUGCCACCACCGUGGUCCUUGCUCAGGCUGGGCCUGGGAAGGACCACAGCCAUGGAUGUGUCCCGGGGACACCCCAGUCCUCCUUGGACACUCAGGGCCCCGCUGGAGACAAGCGUUACAGAUGUGCCAGUUGCGGGAAGGGAUUCCGCUAUCGCUGCUACCUCCUCAAGCAUGAACGCACGCACAUGGGGGAGACGCCAUACCCGUGCUGGGCGUGCACCAAGAGCUUCAGCCAGCGCCGCCACCUCCUGACCCAUGAGCGCAUGCAUACCAAGGAGCAGCCGUACUCUUGUUCUGCAUGCGGGGAGUGCUUCCGCCUUCGCUGCCACCUUCUAAAGCACAAGCACACGCAUACUGGGCAGAAGCCGUAUGCAUGUCCGUCGUGCACAAAGAGCUUCGGCAAGAGUUCAAACUUGGUCAGACACCUGCGCACACACACCGGGGAGAGGCCCUUCAUGUGCCCCACGUGCACCAAGAGUUUCAGCGAGCGUGCCAUCCUCCUCAACCACCUGCGCACACACACCGGGGAGAGGCCGUACAGGUGUCCAGCGUGCACCAAGAGCUUCAAAGACAGGGCCAACCUGGCCAGGCACCUGCUCACGCACCCGGGGAAGUGGCCGAACCCUGUCCUUGCUCAGCACAGGGGGACAGCAGAACCUGGUGAUGGCUUUGGGGAGGUUGCCACUACCCCGGUCCUUGCUCAGGUCGAGGGUGGGGAGGACCACAGCUUGGUCUCCCUUGGGGGACGCACCCAGGGGACCCCCCAGUCCUCUGAGAACAGUCGGAGCCCCCCCAGAGACAAGCCUUACAGAUGCGCCAGCUGUGGGAAGGGCUUCCGCUAUCGCUGCCACUUCCUCAAGCAUGAGCGCACACACACCGGGGAGAAGCCUUAUGCAUGCCCGUCAUGCGCCAAGACCUUCAGCAGGAGCGAUCAACUGGCCACGCACCAGCGCACGCACAGCAGGGAGAGGCCAUACACAUGUCAGACGUGCACCAAGAGCUUCCGAGAGCGCUCUGUCCUCCUCAGGCACAAGCGCACACACACCGGGGUAAAGCCAUACACGUGCCCAGCAUGUGCCAGGAGCUUUCGCCAUCGCUCCGUCCUCCUCAACCACGAGCGCACUCACACCGGAGAGAGACCAUAUUCCUGUCCGGCUUGCGGGGACUGCUUCCGCCAGCGCAGCCACCUUCUUACCCACGAGCGUACGCAUACCGGGGAGAGGCGGUACACAUGUCCAGUGUGUGCCAAGAGCUUCCACCAGCACCGGCAACUCCUCAAGCACGAGUGCAUGCACACGGGGGAGAGGCCGUACCCAUGCCCAACGUGCACCAAGAGCUUCGACAAGAGGGCCAAACUGUUGGAGCACGAGCGCACACACACCGGGGAGAAACCAUACUCGUGCCUGGCGUGUGCCAAGAGCUUCAGCAGGAGGGGCAACCUGGUCCAGCACCUGAGCAUGCACACCGGGGAGCGGCCAUAUCCAUGCCCAGCAUGCACCAAGAGUUUCCGCCACCGCAGCCACCUCCUCAAGCAUGAGCGCACGCACACCGGGGAGAAGCCAUACUCGUGCCCGGCGUGCACCAAGAGCUUCAGCAGGAGAGACAACCUGGCCACACACCUGCGCACGCACAGCAGGGAACGGCCAAUCCCUGUUCUAGCUCAGCACAGGGGGUCAGCAGAGCCUGGUGAUGGCUUUGGGGAGGUUGCCACCACCCCAUCCUUGAUCAGACUGGGCCUUGGGAGGAGUACAGCUGGGGCUCCUGUGGAAUAUGCACCCCAGGGACCUCCCCAAACCCCCACUGAGUGAGUAUAUACCCUGUGUGUCUUUUUGCUUCUGGGAUACCUCACUCAGGAUGAUCUUUUCCAGUCUCCACCAUUUACCUACAGAUUUUAUGAUUUCC